UGCGUGCCUGCUGCUGCUCUCCAGCGCAGGAGAUGGCGACAUUGGACAGUAAAAAAUAAAGAUGUUACAAUGCAUAACAAUGAUGAGAAACGAAGAAGACCAAUGAGGGAUUCGUCGUUGUGUUUUUGUUUUCUUUUACAUUGGGAACGUAAAAAAUUGAUGAAAAGCACAGUUACUCAAGGAUUCUCAUGGGGUCGAGACUGUUGAAGCGAGCCGGCAUUUCUCCUAAAACAUGCGAGCAACUUAAAAGACAUAACAUAGAAAGUUGUAAGGAUCUGCUGAAGCACACUGCUUUUGAAGUGAUGCAUGCUGCAGGAUUGAGUUAUCAGAAAACUUUGGAAAUGAUGGAGACUGUGAGCAAGGUCAUUGCUCCCCCACUCACCACGGCCUUGGAGUUGUGGAAGCAUUACUCAGACUCUCGCUUCUUAACAUCAUUACCUGCUCUGGACAAAGUGCUACGAGGAGGUAUUCCAUGUGGAGCCAUCACAGAGGUGACAGGGCCAUUUGGCUGUGGGAAAACCCAGUUGUGUAUGAUGCUCAGUGUUGUGACUACAUUGCCAAAGGAGCUGGGUGGCUUGGACCGCAGUGUGAUCUACAUUGACACGGAGUCCGCGUUCUCUGCUGAGAGGCUGGUGGAGAUUGCACAGAACAGGUUCCCAGACUACUUCAGCUCUCGGGAGAAAGUUGUGCAAAUGGCAGGAAGGGUCCAUAUCUUCAGGGAAAUGACCUGCCAGGAUGUCUUCAGAAGACUGGAGAAAUUGGAGGAAAUCCUAAUAGCAACGAAAGCUGGCCUGAUUAUCCUCGACUCAGUUGCUUCAGUGGUGAGAAAGGAAUUUGACACAACAUUGCCUGGCAACCUGCUACUCCGUAGCAACGUACUAGGAGAAGAGGCCACCACCCUCAAAUAUUUGGCCCAUCAAUUCAACAUCCCUGUGGUCGUGACAAACCAGAUUACAACUCAAAUUGGGGGUCAAGGUUGCCACAUCGUCUCCUGCAUCUUCCUCAACUACAACAACUGCCCCCAUGUCUUCCCUCACAACAUCCAUCAACCUUCUCUUUGGUCUUCCGUUUGCUCUUUUGCCUAGCAACUCCAUCCUCAGCACACUCCUACCAAUAUACUCACUCUCUUGCCUCUGGACAUGUCCAAACCAUCGAAGUCUGCUCUCUCGAACUUUGGCGGUCCCUCUAAUGAGCUCAUUUCUAAUCCUAUCCAACCUGAUCACUCCGACCAAGAACCUCAACAUCUUCAUUUCUGUCAACCCCGGAGCUGCUUCUUGUUGUCUCUUCAGUGCCAUCGUCUCUAAUCCGUACAUCAUGGCUGGCCUCACCACUGUUUUAUAAACUUUACCCUUCAUCCUAUCAGAAACUCCUCUGCCUGUCACUUAACACACCGGACAUCUUCCGCCAUCUGUUCCAAGCUGCUUAGACCCAUUUCUUCACUUCCUUUAAAGUGCCACUGACACAAAAAUCAAAUCUUAAAAUUAGUAUUUUUUUAAUCAAAACUACAAGUAAUAUUAAUCAUUUUAAUUUUAAAAACAGUUAUGAAAAGUGAGCUGGGAGUAGUUUAUAAUAGCGCAAAGUUGCGGCAGUCUGACUCGAUAUAAUCCGCAUCACAGUGGCGGCCAUAUUUGUCUGUGAUGUCAUGUGCGGACAUCACACUGGAGCACUCGCCAUUGAAAACACGCUGUGCCAAAUGCAAUGGCAGUUGAACGAGAGAGAUUUUCUGAUUUUUCUGAUGCUCCUUCAGAGACUGAAACUCUUUUUGAGGAAGAAAACAUCUUAAAUGGCCCCAUUUAACCAUUUAGACGAUAUGCGUCCACUGACACCAGACUCCCCUAUAGACACAGAUGAGUUGGCAGACGAGGAGGACGAGGGACCCGAUGAAAUAUUCUAAAUGACUGGCCCAUAAAUGUUUGAUUUCCCAACCUUUUUAUAAGUCUUUUGUAUGUAGCGUACUCAGGAGAACCCAUGCUGGGCGAAGUAAAUAUCAUGGAUGUUAUCAAAAUUAAUCUAGAGCUGUGUGUUAUAUGUGUCUAUAUAGAGCUUGUGCACGUGAUGUCACCAUUUUCAUGGUGGCAUAUUGCUGGUCAAAAAGAGCUGCUCGACAGUGUGGGGGACAUUGAACCAGAGCAGACUGUUCACAAUACCCUAGACUUGUACUUGUACUGUUGGUUGUUACAACAGAUAUAUAUAUAUAUAUAUAUAUAUAUCUGUAUAUGAUAUUCAAAGAGAUCAUUCUUUAGAAUACCAACUGAAAAGACCAGAAAAGAUCGAUGGAUUUCGACAAUUAAACGUGAUGGAUGGUGCCCAACCAAAUACACAUGACUGUGUAGUGAUCACUUCAUUUCAGGUAGGAAUUAUUCUUCUCACUCUCAAAUUCCCAAGAAGUAUUUAUAAUGCCAAGUUGGCUCAUUUGAGGACAAUGCGUUUUAUAAAAAAAAAAAAAAAAAAGAAAACGACAGGGAGUCAUCUCCAAUGUACACGUACAACGUACAAAAUUACCCCUACUCCAUUUCUCUUCCCAUCUACCCAAUGGUAAAAUGGUAAUCUAAACCCUGCUUCUAAACUCUAGCUUUACUACCUUUCCACCCGUUCUCAUGGAUGCACAAUAUUUCAACCUUUCUUUUACCCAUCAUGCCAACCAACUCCUGAGCUUUUCCUGUCAUAGUCCCAACAUUCAAAGUCCCUACACACAGAUGAAGGCUCUGUGCAUUCCCCUUCUUCUGCCAAAGAAUCAAUUUUCCACUUCUUCUUUGUCUUCGACCCACAGUAUGCUGAAUUUCCACACACGCUCUGCACGUUAAUGGUGACGUGGGCAAACGUCGUUAACCUGGGCCACGAAUGAUCCAUUAUUGGAUACUUUUGAUGAACGCUCAUAUUUGUUUGGCAAAGUUUUAAGUCUGAUGCCCUUCCUGAUGCAACCCUCUGCAUUCAUUCUUGUGCCCCCCUAGGGCUGCAUUACACACAGGACCCCAUUUUGACAGAAAAAAAAAUGAAUUGUUGAAGUUUUUGCAGAUUUAAUUACUAAUAUUAAUAAAAGAAAAUCACACAACCAUAUGUAUUCCCACCCUUUGCUCUGACACUUAUAUAUUUAACGUGGGUGGCAUCCAUUUCUUCUUAUCAUCCUUAAGAUGGUUCGAAAUUUUAAUUGGAGUCCAGCUGAAUUUGAUCAUCCUGAUUGGACUUGAUUCAGAAACCACAAAAUGUACUAUACAAGAUCCUACAGCUCACAGCACAUGUCAGAGCAAAUGAGAAUCAUGAGCUCAAAGGAACUGUGUGAAGAUCUUAAAGACAAAACUGUUCUAUGGCAGAGAUCUAACUAAGGUUACAAAAAAAUAUCUGCUGCACUUAAGGUUCCUAAGAGCACAGUGGCCUCCAUAAUCCUUAAAUGGAAGAUGUUUGCUACAACAAGAACUCUUCCUCAAGAUGGCCAUCCAGCCUAACUGACAAUCAAGAGAGAACAGCUUUGAUGAGAGCGUUAAAGAAGAAAACAAAGAACACUGUGGCUGAGCUCCAGGGAUUCAGUCAGGAGAUAGGAGAAAGUUCUAGAACAGCAUCCAUCACUCUCCACCCUAAAUCACUUGGGGCUUUAACGCAGAGUGGCCUGACGAAAGCCUCUCCUCAGAGAAGACAUAUGUAAGCUUAUAUGGAGCUUUGUAAAAAAAAAAAAAAAAAAAAAAAAAAAACACCUGAAGAAUUCAAAUAUUGUGAGAAAUAAGAUUCUCUGGUCUGAUGACCCCCAAGAUCGAACUUUAUGGCUUUAAUUCAAAACAUUAUGUGUGGAGAAAACUAGGCACAACCCAUCAUCUGUCCAAUACAGUCCCAACAGUGAAGCACGGUAUUGGCAGCCUCAUGCUAUGGGGUUGUUAUUCAGCUGCAGGGCCCGGAUGACUGAAGAUCAUUGCUGCCAAGUAAAGGGAUAUCCUGGACAAAACUCUUCUCAGAAUGGGCCAAAGGUUCACCUUCCAACAAGACAAUGACCCUACGCACACAGAUAAAACACAAACUCGUGGCUUCAAAACAACUAUGUGACAGUUCCUGAAUGACUUAAACCAAAUUAAUUAUAGUAUCUCUGGAGAAACCUGAAAAUGCUGUCCACCAACAUUUCACCAUCUAGCCUGAUAGGACUAGAGAGUAUCUGCAAGGAGGAAUGGCAUUUGAGUGUAUGACCAACAGUCACUUUAGAAACUGUGGUCCCAGUUCUUUUCAGGUCAUUGACUAAGUCCUGUCGUGUAGUCUUGAGUUGAUUCCUUACCUUUCUAAGGAUCAUUGAGAUCCCACGAGGUGAUAUCUUGCAUGGGGCUCCACUCUGAUUGAGUUUGACCGUCAUGUUUAGCUUUUUCCAUUUUCUAAUGAUUGCUCCAACAGCGGACCUUUUUUCACCAAGCUGCUUGGCAAUUUCUCCGUAGCCCUUUCCAGCCGUGUGGAGUUGUACAAUUUUGUCUCUGGUGUCUUUGGAGAGCUCUUUGGUCUUGACCAUGUUACAAGUUCGAGUCUUAAUGAUUGUAUGGGGUGGACAUGUGUCUUUAUGCAUCUAAUGACCUCACACAGGUGGAUGCGAUUCAGGAUAAUACAUGGAGUAGAGGUGGACUUUUAAAGGCGGACUAACAGGUCAUGGAGGGUCAGAAUUUUAGCUGAUAGACAGGUGUUCAAAUACUUAUUUGGAGCUGUAUCACACAAAUCGUUAAAAAAAAUCUUACAUUGUGAUUUCUGGAUUUUUCUUUUUAGAUUAUCUCUUUCAUGGGGGACAUGCACCUAUGAUGAAAAUUUCAGACCCCUCCAUGAUUUUUCCAAGUGGGCGAACUUUAAAUAUACCAGGGUGUUCAAAUACUUAUUUACGUCACUGUAUAACAGGGAGUUCUCUGGUUAAGACGAUCUUGACCUAAAACGUUUCGACGUUACGACACCUGAGUCUUGUCCGCCAUAAUGGCCCCAGCACCAUGUUUCUGCUUUGCUGAUGUAUAUUGCUUAUCUGUGUUUGUGCGCUGGGAGUUUAUUUUCCCUUAUUGUCCACCUUUUUACACAUCGUAACCCAAAAGAAGAAAGUUUAUUUAAUUUAAUUUAUUUAUUUAUUUAUUUGUUUUAGCAAUGCUGGUCCAGCCGAAAAAAAAAAGCAAUGACCGUGGAAACGAAGCUUAACAUCAUAGGGGAAAAAAUGGAGAAAGGAUUAACACCGACAUAGACUUGGGCUUCAGUCAGAUGACCGUAUUAUUCAGGACAAAGCCUGUAUUUUAACGCACGUGAAGGGUUUCACCCCAAUGAGGGAUACUGUGAUCACGAAGCAACUUUUUUUUGUGAAGAAAAAAAAAAAACAAAACAACGUUCUUCGAUCGUUGCUGAGAUGGAAAGAUUACUUACGUUAUGGAUCGAGGAGACAAAUCAACGUGUUCGUGUUCAUUAAGGGAAAAGGCAUGUCGUAUUUUCCUAACUGUGAAAGAGCAGAAAGGAGGGGACGCCGAGGAGGAAUUUACUGCUAGAAACUGCUACCUGCACUUGCUUACUUAGAAAUAGCUGAGCGCAGCCUCCCCUUCUUUCUUAACCAACCCAACCUCCCAUCCUUUAUGGUAAGUGAAGUAUCUUAUAUUUUUUACUUUAAGUAUUUUAGUAUUUUAUACGAAGUACCCAUGCCCACCCAUUUUCCGAGCCACUUAUCCUCAUGAGUGUCGCGGGAACGCCGAAGCCAAUCCCAGCAGUCAUCGUAAAUUUUGCCCUUAACGAUGAAAUCCGACUGUGGUAUGCCCCACAGGUAAGAUGUGGCCCACAGUUGAAAGAGAAAUUCUGCAAGGAACUAGGUGAAGUAGUUUUGAGCAUCCCAGAGACAGAGAGAAUUGUGAUUGGUGAAGAUUAAAAUGGACAUGUUGGUGAAGGAAACGGGGGCGAUGAAGAAGUGAUGCUUAAGUACAACAUGCGGGAAAGGAACUUUUGAUGGACAGAUGGUGGUAGAUUUUGCAAAAAGGAUGGAAAUGGAAGUGAACACUUUUUUCAGAAGAGGCAGCAGCAUGACCUACAAGAACAGAGGUAGAAGAAGACAAAUGGAUUACAUUUUGUGCAGAUGAUUUCAUCUGAAGGAGGUUGCUGACUGUAAGAUAGUGGUCAGGUAGAGUGUAGCUCGACAGCAUAUGAUGGUGGUGUGUAGAAUGACUCUGGUGGUGGGGUGAAAGAUUAAGAAGACGAAGAAGGUAGAGCCGUGAACCAUAUGGUGGAAGCUGAGCAAGGAAGAGUGUUGUGAGAGACGUGAGAGGCUUUUUUUGUCCCAUGGUAUUUAUGUAAUCACUUGUCUAAAUAUUUCUCAUUUUGUUCAUUCACAGUUUAUCAACCCAAGCAAGUUAACAACACAGCUGUAAUUCAAACAAAACUAUUUGAAAAGGAAAAUUGAAUUAAUUUGU